AUGGGCAAUUCAAAUUCAAAAACGACACUUCCAACUUAUCCAAAUUUAUCAAUUGAAAAUUUUCCAAAAGAUAAUGGUGAAUCAAUAACUUUAAGUGAUGAUCGUAAAUUAGGUUAUAUGGAAUAUAAUUUUAAACAUUAUUAUGACGAAAAAUUGAUCAAUCCAAAAGAAAAAGAACAUGUUAUAUUGUUAAUACCAGGUUUACCAGAAUAUCGUCAGCCAUCAUCAUCAAAUACACCUUUUGUAACAAUCAAAUUAUAUGUAUUGGAAAGACCUGGAAUUGGUUUAUCAACUUUUGCUAAUAGAAAUUUUUUAGAUUUUACCGAAGAUAUUAAAGAGUUUUGUUUAAAAAAAAAUAUCAAUCAUUGUUCAAUGAUUGCAUAUUCUGCGGGUGGUCCUUAUGGUUUGGCUGCUGCUCACGAAUUGGGCGUUGUUAACAACAAUGAUAAAAAUCCUUCGGAACUUCCUCUAAUCAAAAAGUUAGCAACAAUUAGUUCAACAGCACCUUAUUCAGCUCCUAAUAUUACUACAUCGAUGCCAUGGAAAUUUAAAAUUGCUUGGUGGCUUACUAAAAAUUGUAGUGCAUUAUUAUCAUAUAUUGCGCGCAUGGAAGCAUCAAAUGCAUUAAAAGAUCCUGUAAAAUCAUUACGUGAGGGGUCAAGUAAUGGCCCUGUGGCUGAUAAAGAAAUUAUUGAAACUUUCCCUGGUGUCGAACCAUUGUUUAUUGAAAGUAUAUUGGAAAUGUAUACUAGAGGUCAAGUGGAAACCGAAUGCUGGGAAUAUUCAUUAUGGGGAAAAGAUUGGGGUUUUGAAUUAAAAAAUAUUGGUAAAAAUAAACAUAGAGAACAUCAUGAUGAUGACGGUGAUGAUAGUAGUAGUAGAGUGAAAUGUAAAGCAUGGCAUGGUGAAGGUGAUAUAGGUACUACUGUUGAAAUGAGUAAAUAUAUUGCAGAACAGAUUGAAGGUUGUGAAUCAUCUUUUGUUGAAAAGCAAGGCCAUUUAUUGUAUUUCACAAUUUGGUAUGAGGUUAUUGAUUGGUUAAUUAACAAUCCUUGA